CUGGUGGCUGCCCGGCCCGUGCCCGGCCGCAGAGGAAGAGAAGGCGGAGGAGGAGGAGAGGGAGGAGGAGGAGCUGUUGCGCGGGACGGCGGCGGGCAGGGGGCAGGCAACCAACCCAUCCCCGUCCCGAAUAAUGUGGCAGAGCCGGCAAACUAUUGUGAAAUUAUCAGGGCUUGUGUUGGCAUCACUGUUGGCUUGGUACGUGGGAUACUUCUUUGCUGUUCUUUUAACCGAAGACUCAAUGUCAACAUCUAUUGCUUAUCUUCAAGACAUUGGAAAGAAACCAGUGUUGAAGGCUCCAGCUCCCAAAAGGCAAAAAUGUGAUCACUGGUCUCCCUGCUUACCUGGGAGCUACGCCUAUCGGAUUCGUAGUGGCGGUGGCAGAGAAAAUCUGGCUAAAAUCUGUUUUGAGGAUGAGCUGAUUAUAAGUGAAGAGAAGGGUAAUGUUGGAAGAGGUAUAAACAUUGCCAUUGUGAAUUAUCAAACAGGAAAAUUGGUAUCAGCAAAAUUUUUUGACAUGUGGGAAGGAGAGCACUCAGAAGAGAUGGCGACUUUCAUCAAAAAUGCACCACAAGGGUCCCUGCUUUUGAUGGUGACUCAUGACGAUGGAAGCACCCGGUUAAAAAAUGAUGCCAAAACAUUAAUAGAAGCCCUGGGAAGUAAAGAAAUACGGAAUAUUAAGUUCAGGUCAAGCUGGGCUUUUAUAGCUGCCAAAGGCUUCAAGCUGCCAGAUUAUAUCCAAAGAGAAAAGAUAAAUCACUCUGACAAUAAGAAGAACAGAUACAGUGGCUGGCCAGCUGAAAUUGUGAUAGAAGGCUGUAUUCCAACAAACUUGAUCUGAACAAAUGUAUGCCUCAUUAAUUAAAAUACUUAUAUGUUUUUAUAUGUAUGAUUAGUGGGCUGCAUCCAGAACCCAGUAAGCAUCUGAACAGCAGCUGUAAAAUAAGUCAUAUGUACAGUUUUCACCUUUGCUUUCAACUGUGAGGUUUUUCUCUAAUCUGAAAACAAAUAGGUAUUUUGAUGACAAGUGAAAAUAAAAUACUCUCUGUUUUGGUAUUAUAGUGCUCAGGAAAUCAGUUGUAAACUACCAGGAUUACUGAAAGUGAUUGUACAUUGUCCUUAGUAAUUUGUUAGUUAUUUGUUUUCAAUACAUGUUUUCUUUUGGCCCCCUUUAAAAACUAAUAUAAAAUAGAACUUGGUAUAGCUGGUAAUAUAAAAUCACUAGCAAUGGAACAAGUUGUUUUGAUGUUAAUUUAUUAGUAACUUUGCUUCUCUUCAGAAGAAGUAAGGAAAAAGCUGUUAUGUUUGUUGAUCUGUUUUUGGUAAUGUUAACGAUAUAGAAUAAUAUUGUUAACAUGUAAAGAUAAGUUACUUGAAUUAUUUUAGUAAAUGUAAGCUGCAAAUUUACUUGGUUCGUUUUAUUUUCCCUUUCUGUAUGUUUAACUUAAUUUAAAAGUUUGUACUGACUUCAUGCAAGCUUAAGUGUUAUUCAUGCUAACUGGAAUGAAACACAUAUGUGAAAGGAAA